GCACCGGGGCGGGGACUCGAACCCGUAGGCCCGUCGCAGCAAGGGCUCGUCGUCCCGCUCUUGCCCAGCCGUGCUCCGCGAACGGAGAAGGUUUGGCCACCGCGGGCCACCGUCCUCCGGGAGUGCGCUGCUCUGCGGGUCCGGACUGGUACAGUGGCCGCGGCAGCAAGAGGCAUCGUCCGCCCGCUUCGUCCUCCGCCUCAGCCGGGCCACCUGCCCCACCAUGAGCGAGAAGGGCGAGCUGGACCUCACCGGGGCCAAGCAGAACACGGGCAUGUGGCUGGUGAAGGUCCCCAAAUACUUGUCACAGCAGUGGAAUAAAGCUUCAGGAAGAGGUGAAGUGGGAAAGCUAAGGAUUACCAAAAAUCAAGGAAGAACAGAAGUGUCAUUUACUUUGAAUGAAGAGCUUGCAAACAUCAGCGAUAUUGGAGGAAAACCCACUUCAGUCAGUGCACCAAGGGAACACCCAUUUAUUUUGCAAAGUGUGGGAGGACAGACCUUAACAGUGUUCACAGAAAGUUCAGUAGAAAGCCAACCAGACGAAAAAUCCGAAAGCAGCAGCAGUGAUAAACUCGCCUUGGAAGGGAUAGUGGUGCAACGUGCUGAAUGCAGACCUGCAGCUAGUGAAAAUUAUAUGAAACUGAAAAGAUUGCAGAUAGAAGAAUCUUCUAAACCUGUAAGGCUAUCACAGCAGCUGGACAAAGCCGUAACCACAAACUACAAACCAGUGGCUAAUCAUCAAUAUAAUAUUGAAUAUGAGAAGAAGAAGAAAGAAGAUGGAAAACGGGCUCGAGCUGAUAAACAACAAGUGUUGGACAUGCUUUUUUCAGCCUUUGAGAAACAUCAGUAUUACAACAUUAAAGACCUGGUGGACAUAACAAAACAGCCGGUGAUAUACUUGAAAGAAAUUUUAAGAGAAAUAGGCAUCUACAACGUGAAGGGGACUCACAAAAACACAUGGGAGCUGAAGCCAGAAUACAGACACUACCAAGGAGAAGAAAAGAGUGAUUAACAAAAGUCUUUACGACGAGCGAAUUAGUGACUGCACUGAGGGGACCGUGGUGGGUUUACAGACAGGACCGAGCGUAGCGCAAAUUAAAGGAGUUGAUACUUCGUAACUUUCUGUGGCUUCAUUUUUUUUUCCAAUUAAUAUUUCUUGUACAUUUCUGUAAGUGUUUUGUCUUUUGACAGGAAAAAUAUUUAUAGAAUAAACUUUUAUUAGAUUUAUCUUUAUUAGAAUUCUGUUGAGUUCUGAUCUUGCUUUUUCUCGAUGACUUUGAAGGAAAACUUGUCCUAGAGAAACCCGUAACUUUGUGGUUUCACAUUCCAGUAGAACCGGGUCAAUUCCCCAACUCCUGCUGGGAUCUGCCAGGGCUUCACCUGGAGGGCUGAAAAGAUGCACAACCCUUUGUACAGCGGUUGGGUGGAACAGACAUGAUGCUCCCUUUAGGAUCAGGUUUUAGGAGAAGCAGCCACAACCGCGCUGCUCAUCACAGUCCUUAGGCUCCAUGGGAACAAAUCAUCACAGUUAAAAAGCCCUAAAUCGAAGGCAGUUUGAUACACAGGUCAGUGGAAAGAUGACAAUCCCCUCCAGGUGGUUACUGAGAAAAAAAAAUGAAAUGUCUGUCUAUUAGGUACAUCAAGGAAUAGAUUUAUCUUUUGCUUGUUCUGUUUUGGGGUUUUUUAAAAUGAUGUUACCUAUGUUUUCUGUUUAAGCGUACCAAUAAAAACAUUAUUUUAAUUUUUA